GGGGGUUCGUGCUGUCUUCGCCAUCCUGCUCACACAUCGGUACCAACGCAAAAAGAGAAAAGAAAAAGCUGUUCGAUGAUAGCUCGUCGCUUCUCUUCUCCUCACUGACACUGUGCUACGCUCCUUUCACUCAACGGAUGCCUUUCCAACGGAGGUAAAUACGUUCCACUGACUCAGCGACGCACCCAACACCAUACAAGCGUUUGUGUUCUUUUCUUCUUUGUUUCCUUUAUUAAAAAGAGAAAAAAUCAAGUACUGAGGAACACUAUCGUUUUUCACCGUAUCUAAUCUGAAGUAUUGCUUUUGCACCAUCCGCAAUGCGCUGUGAAGAAGACGAGUGGAAGGGUGUCGCGGACAAGGUAGCGAGCACCGCCAUCCCCACCUCCAAAAGGCUCUUGCGAGUGCCCACCCCUGCCAUUCUCGAAGCGAACCCCGACACCCACAUCUAUCGCUUCCCUACUCAGAUCGACUUCGAUGUGACGAGUCACAACAACGUGGCGAAUCGGCGUCGUGGUCGCUACGUGAUUAAGUUAGCGGCCACGUUGUUUCUCGCCAUGCAGGCGGACUUCAACACGCCGGGCAGGUGCUCCGACGCGAUGGCGUACUUGUGGGGGCAUACGCGGCUGGCGCAGGAGUACCUCCGACGCAACCGCCCGCUACGGACACCGUGCGCCUCCUACACAAGUCAGCAGCUGAUCAAAGCGGAGGGUCAGUGGAAGGCCGCGCUGGGGCUCCAAGUGCUGGAGGCAGACGGGUUUCAACGCUGCUGGCAUGAGCUGGAACCGUUCUUCGAACGCUGUCUUGAAGAGCUCCGUAAGGUUAACAAGGGAGUUCCCGUAAGCAAAAGCCCCAAUGGGAAUACAGUGCCACCUGCGCAGCUGAGCAGCCUCGCAGAACCGCUAAUGAACACACGCGCCUCUGUUGCUGCUGCCGCUGCUGUCGCCGCUGUCGCUGCUGCCGCGAAGGAAAUAGUCACACCCGCCGCUCCUCUUUCCGCCGUGGAGGCGAGCUCGGGCUUCUGUAGCGCAGCAAAGCAGACCGUCCGCCGCACCACCCCGUCCCUCGACCUCGCCAAGGUGCCUGCCCGUGGCGUUGCGGUGCUCUACGAAAAGACAGUCCGCUUCCUGCGGCUCGCCUCCACGGCCCGCCGUGCGGGGUACGCCAACGCCACUCCCGAGGAGGCGUUUCUGGCGUCGCGAGGGUGGAUGCCGGUGCGGCAGGUUCUGGACGGCGUGUACGCGGACCUCAGCUCGGACAGCGCACUGAAGACGCUCUGGGCGUGGUGGCUCACGGUGCCGGCUGAUCAGAUGGUAGUCCACUACCUGUCUCUUCUCCUGCUGCUGCGUUUUUCAGGGGAGCUGCAGUUUUUGCAAGAUCAAGUCUGCCGCACCGGCAGCAACGGUGGCGGCGUGGAGUUCCCUCUGUCCUCGGUAACGCACCUGCGCGCUGCGUGGGGGCACGACGACAAAAGUGUGGCCGCAGCCGUCAUGCAGGAGCACAGCCGAGUGCCACUGCGGUCGCUUGUGGACGGAACUGCCUCCGAAGCAGCACCCUCCGGUGCGCCGCAGCAGCCGCGUGCAUCGGGGUGGUUUGAGUACUGCAACGACGCCAAGGUUCUACGAAAGGAGAUGGUCGACGUGGGAGGCCGUGUCUUCACCCCUGAAGGGCCGUAUCAGCUGCUCCUCCCUCGCGACGUCUUCGCCGACCUCUGUGCACCGCUGCGGCCGGUCUCCCUGCAGGACCCGUCGUCACCGGCUGCAUCUCUCGCACCCCUCAUGCGCCGGACCAAGAAGGCGAGCAAGCCGCCGGAUGGCAAAGGCAGCGCCGCGUUUGGUGUCACAAGCACGGAGACGUUCGUGACGCAGGACGAGUUCGAGGCGAUGCUGCACCCCUCUUCGAGCUUUGCCAUCGCCACGGCGGUGGCGGCCAUGACCUUUGCCGCCUCCAGACUCGCCCUGGUUCAGGUCUCUGCGAGGUACUUUACGAGACAGGACGAAACCGUGUGUGGUCUGGAGGUGCCGCUGCGGAUGGUGCACGCGAAUUGCUCGCCGCACCGACGCGGUGCAAACAACAGCGACAGCUGCGGUGUCGUCAACGAGGCACGUGAAGGCGAUAGGGCAUCUUCGCGGUUGUCGGCGGUUGCGGCGCCAGGCUCGACUCGGUCGCUUCUCGUGUUGCCGCAUGGGCUGACCUACGGCCUGCUACAACCGACUUCGAUGCGGAACGUUGGUGCCGCACCGCCGUCGUCCUCACCUCUGCGGCGCGACAGCUUUUUUCCUGCCGCCGCGUGCGUUGUGGACCCCAACGCGGUCUACGACGUCGCGAUCACCGGCGGCGGCGGUCCGUGGGUGAGGGUGCUGCGGCCGCCCACCAAGUUGCUCGUUGACCUCCGCAUUGCGUCCUUCUGGGACCUGUGGCAGUGGUACGGCUUCACCUUGUCACCCUCCCCCUCGAACGUCCGCGGAGAAGGUGCUGCGUGUAACACACAGCACCCGUCGUCGAAGAAGAAAGGUGCGCUGACACUCUGGCCCCGGCGGUUGAUGGUGGAGGACGAGAUGAACGUUUUGGUCAAGCCAUCCGUGCCGCUGUCUCUCCGACCGGAGGCAAGCAGCAGAUCUCUUCCACCGCCUUCUUCGUUCCUUUCUUCCAUCGCUGCUUCCGUGCGUAGCACUGCCUCCCCCCAGGUGGAGGGCGGAGCAGAAGAUGACGACGACGACGCUGAGCAGCGGCACGGCAGCGACAGCGGAGGGGCUGCGAAUGCGGGCGGUGGUGCGGAGACGACGGACGUCGCCGCGACUCCCGUUGUCACGCCCACAGAGGAGACAUUCGACGCGAUCCCUCGCUUUCCGUGGGAGUACUUUCCCGCUGCGCAGGCGGAGGCGCUCGUACUGCGGCUGGACGCGGCGUACAAGGCCGGCUUGAAGGAGGCGUGGGAGGGGUGGAAUGAAACCGGCCUCAGCGUCUUGAAGCCGCCGUACCCAUCUGUAAGAAGCGGCCUUCCUCUCUCUUCUGGCGGACCGCGCUCGGGCACACGCGGUGGUGACAUUUUAAGGUCUUUGAUCGCCGCCGGUGCGGAGACCUCCCCGGCGACGGCCGUUCCUGCCGCAGUGCCUGAGUGGCAGAUGCGUGAGCACGCGCUCUGGGAUGGGCUAAGCCGGUGGGUCAGCGCGGUGCAGAAAGGGUGUGCGAUGCCGACCUUCUCCCUCCUGCUGCCACCCAACCUCGACCUGCAACCGCCACCGUCGCAGUCGGCGAUCUCGUUGACCAAGCGAAGACUGGGCACCGUGGGCCGCAGAAAAGGAAUGGCUGCGCUGCGUCGCCUCUUCGGUGCGAUGGACUCGCCGACAAACUUCUUUAUCGUCGAGGAGCGGGUGUACGCACCGCAGCACAAUUUCGAUACGUACGGCGUCUGGGUACUGGAGGAAGCUGCGACGGAGAACGAGGCGAAAGACGACGUGAGUGGUGCUUCCGCCGCGCCGCCGAGGGCGUCUGACAACGGUGGUCACCUCAGCUGCACCGACGCCACGAGGGACGAGGUGCGCUGGGCGAUUGCUCAACGUCCGGAAGUGCUACUCGCCGACAUGCGUGACAAUCACGACGAGAGGGUGGUCGGCAUGUAUCUGCAGCACGCCUGCGUGCUGCACCGCUCCCCCAACAGCCCUUGCACUCGUGGGAGGUCGACGGCGGGGGGCGAGAUGGGCUUUACUGCUCUAGCUCAAGACGGCGUAGGCGACUCCGCGUUCUCUGCCUUGCGGCUGCUGCGCUUUGUCGGCAGUGGCGCUCAUGUGGAGGGAGUGGACGAGAACACGUUGCACGGAGCGGGCGACGCCACCGCUUGUCCGUCUGAUGCGCAUACGAGCGCCAUUGGCGCCUGCCGAGCGCCAGGUGGGAUUAUGGAGGAGAUUUCGUUGCACUCGCCGCUGCGCCACGCCCACUGUGGCUGCCGCGUCUCGCCGUUUGCGUGCGAUGAACUGCUGCUGGGGGCGGCGUGGCCGGCAGAGGCCAUCGUGGACUACGUCCUCGUCCCCCCGCUGCGAGAGGCUGUUGAGGUGUACUACGCCAAACGAAGCGCGUCUGCUCAAACUCCAUCGUGCGAGAGACGAAGCAGCAGCAGUGGUGCGAUGCGCGACACGUUUUUCUGGUCUGCUCCUCCGUCUGCCACGGCGGUGGCUGCCAUCAUCAGCGACCUCCGUCGUGAGUUGCUGCGCGUCCUCACCGAUGAGGUGGCGAUGGAGCAGCGGGAAUUCUACGGCGAUGGGCUGCUCGACUACUGCGUGGCCGUCACGACCCUCUCCUACCGCCACGCCUCGUCCAACUUCGCCAUCUGGCGCGGCGGCAACAUCACCGAGUCCAGCACGAACAGCGAGCUCGUGAUGCGGGCGCUGCCGACGAUGCUGCGCGAUUACUGGAUGUCGCGCCGAGGCAUCUGCAACGACAAGCGCCUGGCGGACUGUGUGGAGAGUCUCUUCGGUGCGCUGUCCAUGGCACUGUGGGUGCUGCCCCUGCGCCGGCGACGUGCCUUCGGUGCAGAGCGCGGCGACGACAAGGACGCAGUGGACGCGGCGACGUUGGGUGGGGCCGUGGGCACGGACCAGGACGUGCCAGCGCCGGACGCUGACGUGCUCAUCUACGUCGCAUCCGCGCUGCUGCAGUUGCUGAGUGGAUCCAGCAAAGACGGGUGA